CUUAUGGGAGCAGGAGGGACUUGCAAAAUCAUCUCCCUUAGCUCCCUCAUUUUCAGGAGGACAGGGACAGUGGUCCCCAGGAAGGGAAGGAGAGUCCAACCUAGUUUGGCUGAUCCCCUGUGGGAGGCUGAGGUGCAAACAGACAGCUGCAACUCCUUGCAUCUAUGCCACACACACAGCCUUUCUGAAUCAGAGGGUAUUACUCUUUCCUUCUGAACUCUUGGGAUAUUCCUGUUUUGAUUUGGCUCUAGCAGUGACGACACCGAGUUGUGCAAAGCCUGGGAACAGUGAGGGCAUUAGGACCAGGAGUGAGGCGCACGCUUGGCUCUGGGUUGUGUCUGGCAGAGGGAUCUCGGCUGAGUGGAGCUAUGUGUGAAAGGAAACCAGGCACUGCCUGCCGGCUUUACAUCUGUUGAUCUGACCUGACUGGAAGCGUCCAAAGAGGGACGGCUGUCAGCCCUGCUUGACUGAGAACCCACCAGCUCAUCCCAGACACCUCAUAGCAACCUAUUUAUGCAAAGGGGGAAAGAAACACCUGAGCAGAAUGGAAUCAUUAUUUUUUUCCCAAGGAGAAAACCGGGGUAAAGGGAGGAAAGCAAUUCAAUGUGAAGUCCCUGUGAAUGGGCUUUCAGAAGGCAAUUAAGGAAAUCCACUCAGAGAGGACUUGGGGUGAAACUUGGGUCCUGUGGUUUUCUGAUUGUAAGUGGAAGCAGGUCUUACACAUGCUGUUGGCAAAUGUCAGGAGCAGGUUAAGUGACUGGCAGAAAAACUUCCAGGUGGAACGAGCAACCCAGGUUCUGCUGCAAGCUUGGAGGAGCCUGGAGCGGGAGAAAGCGAACUUGAACAUGACCUGUUGCAUUUGGCAAGUUCCAGCAACAUGCUCCUAAGGAAGCGAUACAGGCACAGACCAUGCAGACUCCAAUUCCUCCUGCUGCUCCUCAUGCUGGGAUGCGUCCUGAUGAUGGUGGCGAUGUUGCACCCUCCCCCGCACACCCUGCACCAGACUGUCACAGCCCAAGCCAGCAAGCCCAGCCCUGAAGCCAGGUACCGCCUGGACUUUGGGGAAUCCCAGGAUUGGGUACUGGAGGCUGAGGAUGAGGGCGAGGAGUACAGCCCUCUGGAGGGCCUGCCACCCUUUAUCUCCCUGCGGGAGGAUCAGCUGCUGGUGGCCGUGGCCUUACCCCGGGCCAGAAGGAACCAGAGCCAGGGCAGGAGAGGUGGCAGCUACCGCCUCAUCAAGCAGCCGAGCAGGAGGCAGGAUGAGGAAGCCCCAAAGAGGGACUGGGGGGCCAAGGAGGAGGACGGGGAGGUGUCUGAAGAAGAGGAGCUGACCCUGUUCAGCCUGGACCCACAUGGCCUCCAGGAGGCACUCAGUGCCCGCAUCCCCCUCCAGAGGGCUCUGCCUGAGGUGCGGCACCCGCUGUGUAUGCAGCAGCACCCUCAGGACAGCCUGCCCACAGCCAGUGUCAUCCUCUGUUUCCAUGACGAGGCCUGGUCCACCCUCCUGAGGACUGUACACAGCAUCCUCGACACAGUGCCCAGGGCCUUCCUGAAGGAGAUCAUCCUCGUGGACGACCUCAGCCAGCAAGGACAACUCAAGUCUGCUCUCAGCGAAUAUGUGGCCAGGCUGGAGGGGGUGAAGUUACUCAGGAGCAACAAGAGGCUGGGUGCCAUCAGGGCCCGGAUGCUGGGGGCCACCAGGGCCACCGGGGAUGUGCUGGUCUUCAUGGAUGCCCACUGCGAGUGCCACCCAGGUUGGCUGGAGCCCCUCCUCAGCAGAAUAGCUGGUGACAGGAGCCGGGUGGUAUCUCCGGUGAUAGAUGUGAUUGACUGGAAGACUUUCCAGUAUUACCCCUCGAAGGACCUGCAGCGUGGGGUGUUGGACUGGAAGCUGGAUUUCCAUUGGGAACCUUUGCCGGAGCAUGUGAGGAAGGCCCUCCAGUCCCCAAUAAGCCCCAUCAGGAGCCCUGUGGUGCCCGGAGAGGUGGUGGCCAUGGACAGACAUUACUUCCAAAACACUGGAGCGUAUGACCCUCUUAUGUCGCUGCGGGGUGGUGAAAACCUCGAACUGUCUUUCAAGGCCUGGCUCUGCGGUGGUUCCGUUGAAAUCCUUCCCUGCUCUCGGGUAGGGCACAUCUACCGAAAUCAGGAUGCCCCCUCCCCCAUUGACCAGGAGGCCACCUUGAGGAACAAGGUUCGCAUUGCUGAGACCUGGCUGGGGUCAUUCAAGGAAACCUUCUACAGGCAUAGCCCAGAGGCCUUCUCCUUGAGCAAGGCUGAGAAGCCAGACUGUAUGGAACGCUUGCAGCUGCAAAGGAGACUGAGUUGUCGGACAUUCCACUGGUUUCUGGCUAAUGUCUACCCUGAGCUGUACCCAUCUGAACCCAGGCCCAGGUUCUCUGGAAAGCUCCACAACACUGGACUUGGGCUCUGUGCAGACUGCCAAGCAGAAGGGAACCUCCUGGACUGUCCCAUGGUGUUGGCUCCUUGCAGUGACAGCCGGCAGCAACAGUACCUGCAGCACACCAGCAGGAAGGAGAUUCACUUUGGCAGGCCACAGCACCUGUGCUUCGCUGUCAGGCAGGAGCAGGUGAUUCUUCAGAACUGCACAGAGGAAGGCCUGGCCAUCCACCAGCAGCGCUGGGACUUCCAGGAGGUUGAAUGUCCAUGAGUAUGGGAAGAACACGGCUCAUCUGGAGCUCAGCUGAGACUAGUAAG